UGGUAUAUAAGCGAUUGUCAAUAGAAUCUUCAAAACCAGUAUUUCAUCGACCAUAAAUCAUGAAGACAAAACUUACUUUAGUUCUCAUUGUGAACGUGAUUUUCAUAUGGAAUGGAGUUGAUUGCUCCUAUCCAUUUGAAGAAUUAGCAAAUGAAUUGAGGAACAAAGAAACUGAACACAAAGCAGCAGCAAAUUCAAAUGAUCCAAAUGCGGUAUAUAAGACAAACGCAGAGACCUAUGCAAAAAAGUUCAAAACAUUUUUGGACGAAUAUGAUAAAGGCAACAAUGUUCUACCAUGCCAAAAAUUCCGAGAACUCGAUUCAACUGCGUGGGAAGGUCAUUAUAUGAUGAAAGUAUACAUGGAUGACGGUGCACGCCAAGAAAUAGCGCUCAAUAAUACAAAAUUCCAAAAUGUUCACAAGGAUAUCAUUCUUAAAAAACACUUAGAUAUCAUGCAUAAUUAUAUUCAAUAUUUUUUGAGCAAAUGGAGCAGAAAUAUUUCUGAUAUAAAGAAAGCAACUGCCGUACAUAAAGUGAAUGUAGCUAUGGAUGAAGUUAAGGAUCGUUUUACCGAAGCUCUUCUUUUGCUGGCUGAAUCAAAUGACACUAGAUUCAAGAAAAACGAGGUGUAUUUAAUUUAUUUCUAUUUGCAAGUGAGACGAAUCGUUGAAGACAGCGAUUUUCAUACAGAUCAAUUUAUUUAUGACGAGUUCCAAAAAUUGGUGGAUUUAUAUGUCACUGAACCGAACUCUCUUUCUUCUAUAGGUAAGAAUGCUGGUUCUAGUCGUGGCUCUAGCUUGAACAGAGUUUCUAGUCUGAGCAACAGUCGUACAUCGUCUCCAAUCUCUAGCGCAAUCAGUAGUACAAGAUUUAGCCCGAUGUCUAGCCCAAAAUCCCCAAGCAAAGCUGCUAAGAUUGGCAACGCCAUUCGUAAGAAACUAACUCCAAGAUUUAUACGCAAGAAGGAUGACAUCACAAAAUACGUUGAUGCCAAAUUGAAAAUAAUAAAAAAAUGUUUGAGCAGCAGCGAUAAGGAGGCUAAAUUCAAUGAAGUGGCUACAGCAUUUAUAAAUUUGUAUUACAAUAUUUUUGAAGAUGCACCGGAUAAAUUUGAUGUGACCAAAAUUCAUGAGCAGUACUUGAAAUUCAUAAACUCCUAUGGUGGAUUUAACAAGAAACAAGAUAUUAAAUACUUUAUGGUCACAGAUGGAUACUUACAUUUAAUUCAAGUCUUUGGUGAACCAAAAACAAAAAAAUCGAAACAUUAUUAAAUAAUUUGAUUUUAUCAGACUCUUUCGCAAUUUUAUUAUCCUACGACCGAUGUAAUGAUAUGAUAUAAUAUACUACAAUUUUUGAUCUAUUAGAACCAAUUUCA